AUGACCUUCCGUGAUACCCAUCUAGCGCUGGGUGCCAUUCUGUUGUCUCUCGCUGUCACGGUCUCGAAUGCCGAGAUAUUCAACGGCACUGCGGUAGUACCAGACCGGCAACUUUGCGGAAUCGAAGGCAACGGAAUCUAUGGGCUAGGGGUCAGGACUAGCGCGUAUCUUCUUGGUUCGUUCCGAUCCACUGCCGACUGCCUAUCAUCGACCAUCGCCUUCGCGUACGAGCAGGAAUCGGCAUGGACCAUCGGAGUAGCCAACACGUUCUUCGGCGCCGGCAUGUUCAUCGCGACGCUCCACAACACCCGCAGCAAUCGCGACUUCGGCGUCGCCGAGGCGGCGAUCAUGAUCGCGCUCAGUGCGACAUGUAUGGCGGCAUCAUCAAAGCUCCCGCGCUUCGCCUCCCUCGCCAACUCGAACUCGCAGGAUCUGCGACUGCAGCUGCUGGUUCUCUUCACCGCGCUCAACAUGCUCGGUCUCCUCCUGGAGACCGCCACAAUGGGAUACUCGGUGUGGUACUGGUUCGGCGGCAUGGACCGGCUGGUGCGCGCGGCGCCGUGCACAGCGCACGGCUUCUUCUUCUUUCCCGUAGACCUGUUCGGCUGGUUCCGCACACUCAUGAAGCUGCUGUACAUCGUCGGCUUCGUGUGGGUAGCCGUCGCGCUGGUUCUCGGGUGCACGGCUGGCCUGUUCGGCGUGUUCUUCUACUGGGCGUUCCACUCGACGCCGGAAUCCGCCCCAGGCACACCCACCACAACCACGGCCUCGCCCGAACCCGAGCCUACCUUCCACUUCGCCGAAUCCGAGCCGCUGCUGCAAGGUCACCCACUCUGCGCCCGGGUGCUCGAGGACGGCGAGUACGACCCCGAGCUCGGCUCGCUGGUCUGGCUUUGCGGGAUCCUGCAGCCGCUGGGGCGCAUGAGCUCCGCGCUGGCACGGCUGGUCUUCGUCGUGUGCUCAGUCGAGUGCAUGAUCGCGUGGAACCGGAUAUCGGGCGUGAACAGCGUUAGCUCCUUCGGGCAGCUGGCUCCGCUACUGAUAGGGCUGGGGAGCGUGGCGGGCUUGUUCCUUUGCUGGGAGAACGCGGCGGGGCCGAUUAGGUUCGUGCUGGAGAUUCCGGACUCGGAGGGCGAUGUCGAGUGGGGGAAUGUCCGAGGGAAUCCGAGAGGGAGUAGGCAGAUGCAGAGUUUCGACGGUGAGUGCGAGGAGUGUCCUGAUGUGAAGGUGGUCUGA